AUGAUUGCACCCCGUCUUCGAAGUGAAGCCCGUGGCGGGCCAUCAUCAUCAGGUUCUUCGACUCGUUAUAAUAGUACUGGUGGUGUGUAUGGUAGUAGAAUACAUCAUUCUAAUGAUCCCGAUCUUAAACGAGCUCUUCAACAUUCAUAUACAUCACAAAAUGCUCGAAAAUGGGAAAAACGAUGGGUUACUAUUCAUGAAACAUCAAUGCGUGUUCAUAAAUGGAUGCCAGUACCAGUAUCAACUUCACAACUUGUUACUAAUAAAACUACUAUUUUAACGACAAACAAUAAAAAUCAACAACCGAAACAAGAACCUAUAUCGGUUUUAACACAAGAUACUCAAAUGAUACUUGAUGAAGAAAGUAUCAGUCAAUCGAGUCAAAAUUAA